GCCGGUAGCCUACUCCAAACACAACGAUUCAUUCUCCGUCAGUGAAGCUUUUCAAACGCACUGCUCUCGAAAUUGUGCCGAGUGUAGUUACGUCACGCGGUUACAGUUCAGGAAUGCGUGAAUACCAGCGCUUAAAAAUUAUUCAAUAACGAUUUGGUUAUGGAAUGUCCCCUUCAAAAGCGAUCCGAAAACGUGAUAAUAUCUUCUGACCCACGCAACGCGUACCUGAGCAUUUGAAUUAUGUUCCAGCUAAGCGGUUGCCCAUUUAAUUUGUGAACACCGCAUAUAGACCUACUACCCGUUUGUGCAUCCUUCCUGGAGUCCACCGAAAAAUUCAGGAAAAAAAUAGAUAAAAAGGAACGCAUUCAAUAAAAGUCCCCCAAACGACCUGCAGAAUUUGAGAAUAUCUUCUGUUAAAUCACGUAACCAAGAACAUUGAGAGAAAGAUCCCUUUUUAAAAGCUAGUUCAAAGUCUCUAGCUGGCCUAUAUAAUCCAAUCUGCCUGAUUUGAUUGGAGUUCAAGUCAAAAAGCCUACGGAUAAGAGACCGGAAUAUCAAUGGACCAUUAUUCCCCCCCUUUUUUCCGUCCGCGUAUAGUGAUCCAACCAAGGGUACCGAAAUAGUGCUGUACCAUUGGGCCCGAUUAUACCGAAAGUAAGGCAAAGAAAUGUCAUAGCGCAAUCAAUCCCAAUCUUGAGAGUCAACCAAAUCGCUAGUGGUUUCCGCGUUCAGUCAAAUUUGUAAGUCUAUUGGGACUAAAUUUAGUUGUCGUAUCUUAGAGUCUUCGUGAAAGCAAUCGAACAAAAAAUUGAUUUGUGCUGAACGUGUUCGAACAGUGGGUAGAUAUAGGACUAGUAUCCUCUCUACUGCUGGUAGUCUUACUACCUUGACACCUUCAGUGGUUCCAGCUUUCUUGAACGCAGCUAUACACCGGUCGGCGAUGGAAGUCUUCCCACUUCUUCAUCUCAUUUUAGUGAUGUUUUUCACAGGCGGAGCUUUGACUCUGAAGAUUGUGCAGGUGAAAGUCCCAUUGGCGGCAUUAAUAGGUCACAGUGUUCAGCUGGAAUGCAUCUAUUCAUUGGACGGUGAUUCACUCUAUGCUGUGAAAUGGUACCGCGGAGUCGACGAGUUUUACCGCUACGUUCCCGCUGAAGAACCACGUGCCACAGUUUUCAGUCUAAAUGGAAUAGAAGUUGAUCUAGAUGAAUCGAAUGCUAAUCGAUUGGUGCUGCGAUCGAUCACGGCCGAGACGGCUGGUCGCUUCCGUUGUGAGGUGUCGGCUGAGGCGCCCUCUUUCGAAACGGUUUCCGGUCACGCCGACAUGACAGUAGUCCAGCUUCCUCAACGCGGGCCAGUCAUCUCGGGAGGCAAACCCCGAUAUUCCGUGGGUGACCAAGUAGACUUGAAUUGUACGUCCAUGCGCUCUUCACCGGCCACAAACCUGACCUGGUAUAUCAACGGAGAACCGGCUGAGCGGCAUCAUCUUAAGGUGUUCCCUAUUGCCGAAGAUAUUGAUGGCUUGGAGACCUCUAUGCUGGGUCUUCAUUUUACAAUAAAAACACGGCACUUCCGGAAAGGUGAUCUUAAACUGAAAUGUACGGCCACAUUGGCUGCGCUUUACUGGCAGAGUAACGAAGCCAGCGCCGAACCAGAUCGCCCUGUCCAUCAUCAGCGGUCAUCCUCGUCUGAUGUUUAUCUGGAUAGCAACAGCAGAUCAACUUUGGCAUCCGCAGCUUUCACUGUUCACCUUUUAGGGCCACUACAACGAUCCACCCUUUUGGUGUCCUUCGCAUUAGUGAGUUUGAUCUAUUUUGUUAGUUUCAGUUAAUUACAUUUUCUGCGCUUGUUGUUCAA